GAUUACAGAUAUUAAAUUAUUUUCGUAUGAAAUAAUAUAAUAUAAAUUCAUUUUAUUAUAUUAUGCAUUUUAAAAUAUUGAGUAUUAUAAUGGUAAACAAAUAAAAACUUUUUCUCUAAGUCGCCAACGCUUUCCUACCGAUGACUUAAAAGACUGUGAUAUAAUAUGUUAAAUUUUUUUAUAAUCCCUUGUAACUACUGAUUUUGGAUUUACUUCAACUCCACCGUUUAACCAAAAACAAUCUGAACUGUAUCCACAUUAUCGUUAGCAAAUGAUUUCUUAUUCAUCCACUGCAUUCAUGUUCGAUGUUUUUGCAAAGUUCUAAUUCAGCGCAAUCAACUGACGGCUGCCAUGACGGACAAAUCUAUGCUAAACGAUUUUACGUUUAGAAGUGCGCCACACCAUACAUAGUCAAAUGAUGAUUUUACCGUACACUAUUAAACCUAUAACUAUAGUUUACAAUAUUUGGCGGUUAACCUGAACCUGACUAGUUGAUGAAUGUAAUAAGUUAUAUUAGUAAGAAUUUGCGACAGAAGUUGCAAUGCAGAAAGAAGGAAAGCCCAGGUUUCUUAAACACCACAGCAACAGUGUACGAGGUGUUGCAUUUAGUCCUCGAGACCGAUAUUUGUUUUGCUCUGGUGGUUACGAUGGAAAAGUGAAUUUAUAUUCAUCGUUACGCAUGGAAUUACUUAUGUCUUAUUCAAUUACUACCAUGGCCAUUGCAAAAAAUGUGAAUGCCGUUAGAUUUACAUCGGACGGAUCUAGGAUUUUAGCGUGCACAACAUCUCGAAGACUAUCAGUAGUGGACGUAGAGCGUGGUGAACAACUUUUGGCCUAUGACAACUGUGCGGCAAGUGGUAGAGAUCGAACAGGUUUGGCCACCGAUCCCACGUCGCCUAACAUUGCUGUUUCAGUAGCGGUCAACGGCAAAGGUCUCACAUUGUUAGACUUACGAAUGCCUCUGCCCUUAGAUUACGUUUAUGAUUUGCACUCGAGUACGAUUCGAGAUAUAGUUUUCUUAGAAUCGUCUUGGCCCUGGGCCACCAGCAACGGUCUUCUUAGUACUCUGGUUACCGCGGGCUCGGAUGGUUGUUGUAAAGUGUGUACGAUGGACGGAAGAAUCCUGCACACUUUUUAUUCCGGCCGUCACUUAAAUACUGUGUGCCCAACUCCUGAACCGUUUCAGGGUUUUCUAUCCAAUGGAUUUUAUAGUGUUAUUAUGAGUGGAGGUGACAAAAUUACUUCUUACGUUCCUAAUUUGGGUAUUCAAGAGAGUUUUAGUGAGAACCGCGAGAAACCAAUUUGGAAAGUUAGGUACACGUCCAACGGUAGUUUUUUGUACACUGUAUGCGAAGGUGGCGUUGUUCGAAAAUACAGAAGAUAUCCAGAUCGACAUGAAUAUCUCGGUGAAGUAUACUCGCACAAAGGCGAUAUACAAGACUUGGAUAUCUCGGCGUACGAUGAAUAUCUGAUUACAGCUUCAAAGGAUCGAACUGUCGGUGUUCUACGUUUGGGAGCUCCAAGUCACGGAUGGACAGACUAUGGUGAACUAACAUGAUAGCCUAAAAACAUAUUGUUGUAUUGACAACGUACCAAGAUAACUUAAAUUACAAAGAGUGUAAAUUUGUAAAUUUUUUGACCAAAAAAAAAAAAAUCUUAGGGAUUUUAAAAGACAUUUUUUCAUGCCAACAAAUACACCAAAAUAAUGCGUGAUAUAAUAUAUUUAAUUGAAAAAUGAAAAUGGAACCUUUUGGAUUAUAUGUAUAUUAAAAAGUAUAUAAAAUAAUAUAAUUUUUACAGAUGUGAACUUAACAAUAUUACAAAA